AUGCUGUUGCAGCGUUGUUCCUCUUCGACCCUGGUUCUGCAGGAUUUGCCCACGUGUGAUUUUGUAACGGAGGCGAUCGUGGCAUUCUUUGCUGCGACGCAGCCCUCCGAGAAGGAACGUUUGGGAUGGAGCUUCUCCGAGGAGCUGGAUUCUUUUACCAGGAUACUGCCGUAUGUGAUCUGUGCAUUCAAUGCCAUCGACCGUGACUGCGACACGUUGGUUUCGGAUGAGGAAGUGACAUCCUGGUUGCAAAACCCGCAGCUGGAGCAGAGAGUGGAGGAGACGAAGUGGAGUUUCACAGAACUGAAGAGUGUCGAGGCGAGCCUGCCAGGGCUUUGCGUCUCUGGCCUCUCGGGGCCGCAGGGCCUGGCCUUCAUCAUGGAGCACAUCAAGAAUUUCCAUUUCGAGGAUGGGGUGCCCAGUAUGUCACUCCGUGAUUGCGUCCUGGCAUCGAUGAAGGUCUUCACUGAGCUGCACGUUCGGGUGGGUGCUCGGCGGCUAAGCCGCCGAGCUGAAGAGGAUCCGAACUUGCGGUCGAAAAUCUUGCCAUCACUCUUGGCCAUGGCCGACUCCAAAGCGAAAGUGCCAAUCUUGGAGAAGCUUUGUUCGCAGCUCGCCUCCCUCGAGCUCGAGCACUCCCUGAAAGGCGCCGAAGGGACAGAGCCCAGGCCCCGGGUGGUGGCCGCUCCUCGCAGUGUUACGGAUGUGGCGUUCUGCGUGCAGGCAGCCCAGAGCCUGUCAUGCUCCGUGAGUGUCGUGGGUGGGAACCAUUCCGGUUACGGCGGGCUGGGGGAUUUGGUGCUGGAGAUGGAGCACCACUUCACAGCGAUUGCUGCAGAUGUCACCAGCAACCUCGUCAGGGUGGAGGCCGGCGUGAAGUUGAAAUCGCUGGCCGCCAAGGCCGCCGAAUCUGAGCUUGUCGUUCCCCUCGGCACCGCACCAACGGUGGGUGUGGGUCUCAUUCUUCAAGGGGGGGUUGGGCACUCUACCAGGCGUUUGGGACUUGCACUCGACGCCAUCCACUCUGUCCAGCUCGUCACUGCUUCAGGGGAGGUCUUAACCUUGAGCAGCGACUCAUGUGACGAGCACAAGGACCUCUUCUGGGCCGUGUGCGGCUGUGGACCCAACUUCGGCGUCGUCACCUCCCUGGAACUGAAAGCCUCGAAGCUCAAGAGCUGCCGGGCCACGCGGCGCGUCUUCCAUGUGCCUUCGGAGUCCCCUUCCGAGGCCGCGUCGGUGGUGCAAAGAUACAUGUUACGUUCGAAGUCCCUUCCCAGGGACUGCUGCGCUGACUGCUGCGUUUACUUGGCAGAUGGCUCGAUACAGGUGGGGAUCUACGACUUCAACCUUGGCUGCGAGGUCCCCCCGGUCGAUGCUGGGAGUGCCGAGUCAGUGCUCGAGCUAGUGGACGAGGGGCUAAACCCAGUUCAACUCAUGGAUAUUGAGCCCUACUUAUGCGAACAGCCUCCAGGCGUGGCACACCGUGGCUUUCUUUCCAGCCGGAGCUUCUUUACCCGAGCGCUUUUCUUUGGUCGUGAUGCCGACAUAAGCGAGGUGUUGGUGGAGAGACUGUUGAAGGCUCCCAGCCGUCACUGCUACUUCCACUUCCAGCACAUGGGUGGUGCUGUGGCUGACGGGAGUAGUCUGAGCAGUGCCUUUCUCGCGAGAGAUGCAGAGUGGUCGCUCGUGAUCACAGCUGCGUGGACCGAGGAUGAGGAGGAUUGCAGCUUUUGGGUCAGGGAAGUUGUGAAGGUCUUGUUACCACUUGCUUUGGGAUGCUACGCAACAGACCUUGGCCCAGACCCAGAGGAUGUCGAGCUAGCACAGCGAACGUUUGGGGGACAUGCUGAGCGCUUGCUGCUCCUAAAGCAGAAGUGGGAUCCCAACAACAUGUUCAGACAUGGCUUUCCUUUAUGCCAGCUUGGCCAGGCUACAUGA